AUGGGGCCACUCAGAAGGAAAGACCAGUUCAGACCAGUGCCUUUAUUUCCCAGCUUUACUGGUGUUCUAUUUCAAAAUGUACAAGACCAGUUCGGGACCAACUCCGAGGAUUGUGGUGAAGAGGAGACGUUCGAAACACAGAAGACGGUACCCUCAGUGGGAUUUCUGGACCCUCAGCAAGGGGCUGUCCCUAGAGUGCCUGCAGAAGGUGAAUUUGAGAGUUUCACGGACACGACCCCGGAGAGCACACCCUCCUCGCUGCGGACGGCCCGUGACCAGCUUGCUCCCUCGGAAAACCCGGGCGCAGGCCAAUCCCCAGCGGAGAGUCGGACUGUGCUGGGAGAAGGAAGAGGAGAAGAGCAGGAAGUGCUCAGCAUCUGCUGUGCCCAGGACAGCCCACCGUCGGAGGUCGCCAGGCAAGCAGAUGCGCUGCAGCCUAGCAGUGCUCGGAUCAGGCACCUGGGGGUGGAGCCGCUGAUUCGAGCUUCUCGUUCUAAUCUGGCAUAUAGUAGCUGGGGGUCAGAAGACAGCCUGUCUGUUGCUAGUGAUGCGUACGGGAGCAUGUUCAGCCUGUAUAGAGGGAAAGCCUUAUCGAUACCCGUGGACCUUUGUGAGAACACAUUGGUUAGGGAUCAGCCGGACAAUACCCUCGAGCCUGCCCUCAGGUGGGAAGCCAUGGCCCAGAACCAAGGCUCGCAGCAAGGUGCCCCCAGACCGGCUGGGCUCCCUCCAACAUCCCUCAAAAUCCGGCCUGCAAGCCCCAAAGCCUCCCGAGCCGUCCAGCCCCUGCAGACAACCCCGCUAACCCCCCGACGGAAGCUCAGCACGCCCGUGGAGUACAGGGACACCGUCCCAGCAGAGUUCGAGGACAAGGCCAAGAAGCCAAAGGUCGCAGCCGCCCCGGAUGACCACCUGGUGAUGUUGGACCGGGCACGGGGGAGCAGCUCAUGCCAUGCCUCACCCACCCAUUCCCGCUCGGGCUCCAGGACCUUCGACCGGAUGAGGUACUUCGAGACUUUCCCGGAGAGGAGGAGGAGUUUCGAACUGGCGGACGGGCAGCCGUGGCCCGGUUUCCGGAAGUCACGGUCUUUCGACAACGCCGACCCGCGUGAUGGCAGGGGCAGGCCUUCCUUCUCCGACCUGCUGGACAGCGAGGGGCGUGGGCUGCUGCGGACGGACAGCGGCGACGCGGAGCAGAAGCGCCUCUUCUUCAGGCAGAAGGCGGCCUCCUUUGACGAGCGGGGGAAGUACGCCUCGCGGGCCCGCGACGUUGAGCUCAAGAUCUCGGAGGAGCUCAGCCGGAUCAAGAAGGCGGCCAUGAGCUCGAUGGUCAAGCCGGUGCUGAGGUCCCCGGUGCUGGAACGGGCUGUGAGCCGAGAGCUGUCCAUCAGGAAGGCUGCCAGCGCUCAGCGGGCCGAGCCUCUCCCCAUGGUGGUGUUGCAGUGGCCGCCGGGAGCGUGCAGCCCCAAAAGAGCUCAUCCUGAGGUCACACCAUCGGCAGUCCCACGGAAACCUUUGCAAAGGAGGCGAGCCACCCUCACUGGUGAAUUUGAGGAGCUCGAAUCGGCCGGCAAAGAAAAGGCCAGAGCACAAGAGGCAGCCCCCGAUCACUUUGAACAACAACCAGGCCAGGGAGGGACAAUCGCCCUGCAAACCCAAACUCAACAACCCCAAGCUCCACCUCCAAGCCCCCUCCGACCCGUGGUGGAAACAAUAGAAAAGGUCACUUCAAGCGCAGAGUCACGAGCGCCACUCUCUGUGGUUAGACCAAUCGAGCCCCAUGUUCCUGGAGACUUCAGACGGAGAGUCAAACCUUCACCCCCGCUUUUCAGGGAAACCAUCGAUUCGCACAAGGAAGGGGCGAGUCCCAGGUUGGAUCUGGAUCUGGGAGAUGCUGCCCCAAGGUUGGGCCUCGACCCCCUCAGCCCCGCAUGUACGACAGACGCAAGAGGUCCCGGGACCCCAAUCCAUCCAGGUCCAAAGAUCACCAUCAGAGAAAAGGGAGAUACAGAAACGGUGGGUCUGCAAGAGGAGACCAAAGCCCUAGCUAGGGAGAAAUUGGGCCGAAAAACUCCCAGAGGGAAAUCCAAGAAAUCUCGUCCCACUUCACCAGAGCUGGCAGAAUCUUCAGAUGAUUCCUUUGUCUCGGCCGGUGAAGAUCCCUUGGAGCCGCCAGUGUUUGAGAUCAGCAUCACUGACACCCUGGUCACUGUUGGAGCUUCUGUGCUUUUGAAAUGUAUCAUCACAGGAACUCCGAUGCCUCAAGUUAUUUGGAAAAAAGACGGCGAAAUCCUGAAAUCGAGUCAGACCCACAUCUUGAAAGCGGAGGGCGAGAGGCACACGCUCUUCAUCCCAUUAGCGAGCACGCUGGACGGGGGCCUGUACUCCGUCAGCGCAGCCAAUGAGGUCGGGCUGGCCAGCUGCUGCGCCUCUGUCCAAGUCCGAGCAGACUCUGCUGCGGAUCGAAGGACGCUACCCAUUCCCACCGAGCUCUACAGUCCCUUCACAUCCGAUGAAGAAUAUCUCAGCCCCUUGGAGGAACCCGUCGAUUUGACCUACAAAGGGAAACAGGCCCUGAGACUGCCGGAGAUCUGCGAGCAACAGAGUGUGUACGAACCCCAGAGAGCCAUAGAAACACACUUCAAAGCUCCACCUAGCUUUCAGGUGCCCCUGAGCGAUCAAGUUGCAGUGGAGGGACAGAACAUCAGUUUAACUGUGUGUGUGUUGGGGGAACCGAAGCCCAUCAUUUACUGGCUGAGGAACCGGGAGCCGGUGAAAAUCGACAGCCGCCAUUAUGUGCUGGAGGGAGAGCACGGAAGGUUCCACUUGAACAUCAUGGCCGUGCAGAGGUCCGAUUCGGGAAUGUACUCCUGCAAAGCGAUCAACGAAUACGGAACAAAGCAUUGCGACGGCAAGCUGGAGGUCAAAGGCCGACGUGAUGACCAGACGCUGACGAUCCUGGCUCCGGCCCGGGAUAUUACGGUUAAUGCCGGGGAAUCGGCCUGCUUCGAAUGCGAGAUCCGGGGGCCUCCCGAUGUUGACGUUGACUGGCUGACCAAUGGGAAGCUGAUCCAGCCUGCUCUGCUCAACUGCAAGAUGCUCUUUGAUGGCAAGAAGUGCAAGCUGCUCCUCAACUCGGUCCACGAAGACGACACAGGAGUUUACACCUGCAAGCUCAGCACGGCAAAAGAUGAGAAGACAUGUAGCUCCAAGCUGACAGUGCUGCCCUCUGUUCCUCCACUCUUCACCAGAAAGCUGGAAGAUGUCUUUGUGAUUGAGGGCAGGACCGCCCACCUCGAUGUCAAAGUGAGCGGGACCCCCCCUCCCAGCGUCAUCUGGAUGCAUUUUGGGGAGAGAGUGGUGGAGACAGAGGAGGUGAGGAUUGUGAGGGAUCAGGGACUACACUCGCUCAUCAUCAUGCACGCAAUGAGUGAGAACGAAGGGGAGUACGCCGCCAUCGCCCAGAACACUCAUGGAGAUGCCUUCUGUUCAGCAGAACUCUAUGUGGAGGAGCCACGACCUGUGGUCUCGUCACCAAUGGCUAAACUGGAAAAGAUGCCCUCAAUUCCUGAGGAGCCCGAGAUUCCAGAAAACGAGAUGGAACGUUUCACCAUGCCAGACUUCAUCAAACCCAUCCAGAACAUCGAUGUGACAGAGGGGAAGGAUGCGGUACUGGAGUGUCAGGUGACGGGUCUACCCUACCCUGCCAUCACCUGGUACCAUAACGGUCACAAACUGGAGAGCACUGACGAGCGGAGAAUGACACAGUAUAAAGACAUCCAUCGCUUGGUCAUUCGCUGCGCCGACCAUUCUCAUGCAGGCGUUUAUAAAAGUGUCAUAGCGAACAAGGUGGGGAAGGCCACGAGCUACGCCCACAUAUUCGUGUCUGAUGUGGUUCCUGAUCCCCCCAAUGGUCCAGCUGUGGUGGCUGGAGUGACCGGCCGAACAGUGACGCUCGUGUGGAACAAACCAAAGAAACUGGAUCCAUCAAUAGAUCCUGCUGCAUUGACCUAUGUUAUUCAGAGCCAGGUGAUGGGCGUAGCUCAGUGGCAUGUCCUGAAGACCAACAUCAAGGACACCACCUACACCAUUCAGACGCUGAACAAAGGCAUCCAGUACCUGUUCAGGGUCCAGAGCGCAACAUCGAAGAGCUGCAGCAAACCCUCCCCUGUCUCGGAACCCAUUCAACUAUUGGACAGAGGUCCCUAUCUGCAGGAAGCUCCCUGUUUCAUCGACAAGCCGGAUAUUGUGUUCGCUGUGGAAAACCAAAGCAGCUGUAUCACCUGUACUCUCAAUUACGUGCAGGCUGAUGUCUUCUGGACAAGGGACGGCGUGGAACUGACCAGCAAGCCUCGGGUAUACGAACUGAGCAUGCCCGAUGAUGACCAACACAUGCUGAGGAUUGUGAGAGUCGGGAAAGCGGAUGUCGGAGAGAUUGUGGUCACAGCCAGCAACAACUACGGGGGAGACACGUGCAGGAUAGCUCUGCUCCUGGCAGAGGCACCGCGGUUUGAGUCCAUCAUGGAGGACAUUGUGGUGAGCCCAGAGGAGACGGCAAGGCUGGCUGUGGUGGUGGAAGGGAAACCCCUGCCGGACAUCCACUGGUACAAAGAUGAUGUCAUGCUGGUUGAGAGCAAUCACUUGUCCUUUGUAUAUGAUGACAGUGAGUGCUCACUGGUCAUUCUCAACACUACCGAGUCCGACAGUGGAGUGUACACCUGUACAGCAAAGAACUUGGCUGGAGAGGUUUCCUGCAAGGCAGAACUCACCAUUCUGAAGGGGAAAAUAGAGAAUGAUGAACCAAUGGAUGAUGAGGACACAAUCUUGCGGAAGAUGAGGCUCUUAACUGAUUAUUACGAUGUUCACCAGGAGAUCGGGAGGGGCGCAUUCUCAUGUGUCAAGAGGGUCACGGAGAAGAGCAGUAAACUGGACUACGCAGCCAAAUUCAUUUCCUUCCGGGCCACAGCUCGGGAAGACGCGGUCAGGGAGCUGGAGAUCCUGUCGCAACUCGACCAUGAGAGGAUUGUCUACUUCCAUGACGCGUUCGAGAAAAAGAACAGUGCCAUCAUCAUCCUGGAGCUCUGUGCACAGGAGGAACUGUUUGAUCACCUAAUCAAGAAACCCAACAUCCUAGAAAGCGAGCUGCGGCUGUACAUCCGACAGAUUCUGGAGGGACUCAGCUACCUGCACCAGAAUAACAUCCUUCACCUGGAUAUCAAGCCCGACAAUAUUCUGAUGGCAGACUCAGCCAGCGAGAGUGUCCGGAUCUGCGAUCUUGGGAAUGCUCAGGCAGUCAUGCCAGACACGCCGCAGUACUGUCAGUUCGGAACUCCGGAAUACGUCUCACCGGAGAUUGUGAACCAGACGCCAGUCUCACACGUUACCGACAUCUGGCCUGUGGGAGUCAUUGCCUACGUUAGUCUGACUGGGAUUUCCCCGUUCUUCAGCGAGAAUGACAAGACCACGUUACUUAACGUGAAAAAUUACAACGUUGCUUUCGAGGAGAAUAUGUUUGCGAACCUGAGCCGGGAAUCGAGGGCGUUUGUCAUCAGGCUCCUGGUAGAGGACAAACAGAGACCAGAUGCAGAUGAAUGUCUCCAGCACCCUUGGUUUUCGAGUAUCUUCACAGUGAGAGGAAAGGUCAUCAACACUGACCAGCUGAAGAUUCUCAUUUCCCGAAGAAAGUGGCAGCGUUCCCUUACCAACUAUAAAUCCUCCAUGGUCAUGAGGUCCAUCGCCGAGCUCCUGGAAGACACAUCCGGCCACCUGAACAUCGGCAUCCCCAAGCACCUCAGGGAACACCGGCUCUCCUCCGUCCUGUCCUCCUCCUCGGACUCGGACGAAAUCGAUGAGUUCCCCUUCAUCCCCAAGCCCCUGCAACCUGAGCUCUUGCCGGCCAGGCGGCCCCUCCACCAGCUCCGCGGCCAGGAGGAGGAGGAGGAGGAGGAGGAGGAGGAAGAGGAGGAGGAGGAGGUAGCGGCUGCGCCGGAGAGCCAGAACGGCUUGAGGGCAGCGGCCGGCGAAGAUGCAGCGAGCGCCCCGGCGGAGAGGAGGGGCCCCAGGAGGAAAGAGAACGGCGAGGGGAGGCCGGAGGGACCGGGCAAGGCGCGGGCCAAGGUGUCGAGGAAGAGGUCCACGGACGUCGAGCCCGCCGGCUCCUCCUCGGACGAAGACUCGGGGCUUCGGAGGAAGCCCAAGCGCGGCCUGCGGAAAGGAGCCAGCAUCGACUCGCCAGACUGGCCGAGGUCGGAGGCCGUGUCCAGGAGGGGGGAGUUCCGCCGGGGCAGCUCGGCCGACUCGGCCCUGGCCCUGCUGGGCGCCCGGGAGGGCGGGGACCACCCGAGCCGGGGUCGGGGCGGGGCAGCGGCCGAGGUGCCGGGCAGGCUGACCAAGUCCACCUCCAUGGAGCUGCCCAGGCGGAGCCCCAGCCCCGGGAAGCUCGAGGACCUGGCCGCCCCGAGGCGGAAGGGGGGCCCCUCCCAGGAAGAUUACGCGCUGAAGCUGGAGCUGAUGAGGCAGCGGCUCCUGCGGGGGGGCUCGGUGGACAGCAAGAUGAGCGGCCUGCGGGGGCCCCUCCUCGAGCACCUGGGCAUCCCCGACGACUCCAAGCAGCGUUCCUCAUCCCUGGAGCGACAGUCCCUCCGACCCCCCCGGCCAGAGAAAAUGGCUGCUCAGCCCAGGUUGGCCAGAGCAGCCUCCAGCGAGAGCGCCCCCAACGAGGAGCUGUCGGAAGGGCGGGUUCUUCGGAAGAGUGCGUCGUUCUCCCAGGGGGAGCCCACUGUCCUCCAUCGACGGGUCGGUGCCCCACUGGAAAUCCCGUUGAUGCAGCCGGAUUCGCGAGGUAGCCCGGAACCGUCGCUGUUCCUGCUGAAAGAAUCUCCCUCCCUCUCCGCCCUGACAGACCCCUCCAAGUACGAUGGCUCCAGACCACCGACGCCGGUCAGGUCAGUGGCAACCAAGGAGGUGCCUCAACGACCAGCUACGCCCGAGAUCAAAAUCGUGGCUCCAGUCGAGCCUAAGAAGGUGGAGGAGGAGAACGUGGAUGGGGAAGGACCUUAUAGGAAGAUUAUGAUUGGGAAAACCACAGUCAUAACGCAUAGUAACCUGACACCUGAACCUGUCUCGCCCCCGCCCAGCUCUGAAGAUGGCUUACUGGAUGCAACAGCAAGCGAGGCCGAUCAACAGAAAGCGAACUUGGCGAUUCCAUCAAUCCCAGCAGCUUCCCAACUAGACCAGAAGGGACCUGAGCCCACCAUCAGGAGCAAACUCCACGUGUCUGUCCAACCAGUUCACGAGGUCCAACCCAUGCCCGUGCCAGCGCCGCGCUCGUCUAGGAGCAGAGUGACCCCAGCCCUGGAGGUGGGCAGCCUGGUAGCACCAGAGGCAGCCUCCCCCGCCGCCAGUGUGGCAGCUCAGGGAGCGGCCAGGAAGGACGCGGCCAAACCCUGGCAAAGCGUAGCCGAGAGGGACACGGCCGUGACUCGCCAAGCCCCUGCGGCCAGAGACAGCACCAAGCCCUCCGAGGUGGGCCCCGCCGCACCCCAGGCAGACGCAGCGGACCUGGGGAAGGCGGAGCGGCGAGAGGCCAGCUUAACCCAGGAGGCCGUCCCCAAAAUGAAGGUCAAGUCGUCCAGCAUGGGGCAGUUCUUAAAUAUCGAGAAUAUCGAAUCCGAGGAGGUGUUUGAGGCAAAGUUCAAGAAGGCCAAGCAGUCGUCGUUAAGCCGGAGCCUCAAACACCUCAUGAGGCCCAAGUCGGAGGAGAAGCUAGGGCAACACCCCCAGACCGGGGAAAACGUUUAUCGGCCGGGGGCAAUGGGGGCACCCUUACAGGUCAUGAAAGGGCAAGAGACCUUCCUAAAGCACGACGAGGGGAAGUCCAGGUCCAGGUCUGAGCAGAACAUUCCAGAAGCCACAAAGGAAUCCAGCUUUGUCAGGAAGUUGUCCCUGAGGUUCAAGGGGACGCCAGCAGGUGAAAGGAAAGAGGAGAAGGUGAGAGAAGAUCAGGCGAGCAGAGGGCGCAAACUCUCCUGGUCUUUCGGGAGAAGCAACGCAAAGGACAAGAAAAUGGAAGAGAGGCCGGAGCCCGAGGCCGGAAGUAAGGACCUCAAAGCCCUGCAGAUCGACUCUGAGCCCCUCAAGAAGGAGCAUAAAAGCUCACCAGCUUUGGCCAUGCAGAGGAAGAUCGAGUCGACGAUCUCAGGGAUCUCUCUUCGCUUUGGCCGCAGUCACUCGGAGGAAAGGAUGGAGGGGCCCCCGUCAGAGCCCGGAACGCCUGUCCUGCAAGAGGCAAAGGAGGGCAGGCGAGGCCCCUUCCUGUCCCUGCUGAGGAGGUCCACCUCGGAGGCAGGGUCACUGAAGAAGGUGGGAAUCCCCCAGAACCAGUUGGCGACGCAGACCCGCUCCACACCCUCCUCGGAGUCACUGCAUUCAGAGACCAGCGUGUCCUCCAAACAGGAGAAAGGGUUGACUCAUGGAGAGCGAAGAUCCCGGUGGGAUCGAUGGGGAUUCUCACGAAUGAGGAGAGACAAGGCAAUAUCACAACCCAACAUCUCGCUGGCUGUGGCCUCUGAGGACAGGGAAACGCCGUAUCAAAGGAGCGCUUCAGAUUUCCCACCCGUCUUCCAUGUUAAGCUUAAAGAUCAGUUGCUGCUCGAAGGUGACCCCUUGACCCUCUGUAGUUUACCAGCAGGAAGCCCAACACCCAUUGUCACCUGGUCCAAAGAUCAGAGGUCGCUGGGACCUGAUGACCGGGUUAAGGUCGUCUCCUGCCCUGAUGGCCGGCAGCUGGUGACCAUAAUGAAAACCUCGAGAAAGGACAUUGGUGCCUACGAGUGUUCAGCUACCAACCCGCUGGGCUCAGCGAGCAGUUGCUGCACUGUGUCCCUUGCGCGUCUCCCAGGACGACCAGGACCCCCUGAAAUUCCUCAAAAAUACAAGAACACAGCCCUCAUCCUGUGGAAGCCAGCGGACACUCCAGGCCCUUGCAGCUACACACUGGAACAGAAACUGUUUGGAGAGGACAGCUGGAAGGUUACCUCAGCUGGAAUCACUGACUGUUUCUUCAAUGCCACGGAGUUAACAAGCGGCACCUUCAAGUUUCGAGUGGCUUGUGUCAACAAAGCUGGUCAAGGCCCCUACAGUCAAAGUUCAGAAAAGAUCGUUAUUGAGGAUGAGAAACCGGCCUCCAUCUCACCAAUGCCAGCUCCCUCAGCUGCUGCCGCUGCUCCUUCCCCGAGCGUCUCACCCGUGGGGUCGGACGUGUCGGUGAUGCCCAGCAGGAUCUUCUCCCCCACCUCCAAAGCUACUGAUGGCUCCGCCAUGGGAUUGAGGCACGGUGUCCCACAGAAACCCUACACAUUCAUGGAAGAGAAGGCCAGGGGGCGUUUCGGUGUGGUCCGAGAAUGUAAGGAAAAUGCCACCGGGAAAAUCUUCCUGGCCAAGAUUAUUCACUACGAAGGAGAAAACAAGCAGGCGGUGCUCCAGGAGUACGAGGUCCUCAAAGCCCUCCACCACGAGAAGAUCAUGUCCUUGCAUGAAGCCUACGUCACUCCCCGAUACCUGGUGCUCAUCUCAGAAAACUGUCUAGGAAAGGAGAUACUGUACAGCUUGAUUGACAGGUUCCGAUACUCUGAGGAUGACGUGGUUGGCUACAUCUCGCAGAUCCUGCAAGGCCUGGACUACCUGCAUGGGAGACGUAUUGUACACCUGGACAUCAAACCGGACAACGUCAUCGUCACCUACCUCAAUGUCGUCAAGCUGGUGGACUUUGGGAGUGCCCAGUUCUUUAACGCCAUCGUCCCCAAACCACUGGGCCGCCGUGUGGGGACUCCAGAGUACAUGUCUCCUGAAAUGAUGAAGGGGGAUCCCAUCGGACCACCUGCUGAUAUCUGGGGUCUAGGCGUGCUUAUUUACAUCAUGUUAAGUGGCCGAUCACCCUUUGCUGCACCAGAGCCAACGGAGCUGGAGAACAAGAUUAAAUUAGCGCAAUUCGAUCUCACCAAGUGCUACCCCAACGCAUCGCAGAAUGCUGCCCUCUUCCUUAAGCGGGUCCUCUGUAUGUUUCCAGCGACGCGGCCAACAGUUAAAGAAUGCUACUCCAACCCUUGGCUGCAGGACAACUAUCUGAUGAAACUUCGCCGACAGACGCUGACCUUCACCACCACCAGGCUGAAGGAGUUCCUGGUGUACCACCAGAGGAAGAGGUCAGAGUCACUCACCAGGCACCGGGUCCUCCUGCGUUCCUAUAGCAACGUCCCCACGCAGCCCAGUACCCCCGGUACCGCCUCAGGAAACCAGUGA